UUCCUUGGGGGUGGAGCACGCCGCUCGAGCAGGUCUAAAGCAGGAGCGGUUUCCGUGCACCCGGCUCCUCUUGACAAACUAGCGCUGGCCAGAAGGGGAGGGCGGGGGCUCGCUCGCUCUUCUCUCGCGCGCGCUUGGGAAAAUGUUACGCAGGUUCUAAAAUGGAACGUUAGCGGCGGCGUGAUUGAGCUCUGGAGUUGGAGGGGGGGCGGCGGAGUAAGUAAGAGCGAGACCAAACAGCGAUAGCCGGCGCGCAGUUGGAUACUUCCCCUCAAUCUGCGAGCAGCCGCCACCUCCUUCUUCCUCCCUGUAUGGAGCUUUCCGCUAUUGGGGAGCAGGUGUUUGCUGUGGAGAGCAUCAGGAAGAAGCGCGUAAGAAAGGGUAAGGUGGAAUAUCUGGUGAAAUGGAAAGGAUGGCCCCCCAAGUACAGCACAUGGGAACCUGAGGAACACAUUCUUGAUCCUCGUCUGGUGAUGGCUUAUGAAGAAAAGGAAGAACGAGAGCGUGCCUCAGGUUACAGAAAGAGAGGUCCCAAACCUAAGCGCCUGUUGCUGCAGAGACUAUAUAGCAUGGACCUGAGGAGUGCCCACAAAGGGAAAGAGAAACUCUGCUUUUCUCUAUCCCGGAGGUUUGGGGGAGGAGGAAACAACUUGGCAGGGGCCAAGGGAGGGCAGACAGAACUGUCUGAGAAGAGCGGGGGAGCGGUCCUGCCCUUUCCUCUUCGGAAACAGAGCAAGAACCAGAAGUACCUACGCCUUUCACGGAAGAAGUUCACCCGCAUGUCAAGCCUGGAGAAUCGGAAUCGUCGCCGAGAGUUCUUCUUGAAGGAGCCUGUGGUCCUGGAGGACAGGCAGCCACCCAGUGACUGGGAUGAUGCAACACAACCUGCUAGCAAGGAAGUGGGCCCAGAGGCAGCAGAAGGGCCAUUUUCCUGGAGCCCUGCAUUGCCCCCAAAUGAAGUGACAGUUACAGAUAUCACCGCAAACUCCAUUACCGUGACUUUCAGAGAAGCUCAGAUGGCAGAAGGCUUCUUCCGAGACCGGAGCAUCCAGUUCUAAAUCUACUGUUUGUUAAUUUUUCUUUCUCUCUCUUGGUCUUUCCUCAUUAAGGGAUUUUUUGAGUUUGAGUUAUUCCUGCAUUCCCAAUCAGGUUUCAUUACAAUUUCAAUGAUACUAUUUAGAAAAAGAGAAUGCAGGGGAAAAACAUCCCUUUACAAAUGUUUACAGAGUUGUUUAAUUUUUUUUGGACAAAUGAUCAUGCUGAUAUUCUUUUCGGUUAUAUUCACCUUUCAAAUACACAAAGCGAUGGUAAAGCAGUGUGAGGAUUACCUGUGCUUUUCCCUCUUCAUUUGUUACUAUAGAUAGAAAAAAGAGUGUAUAGGUAUAUUACUUGUCUGUUGUUGCUUUGUCUGUCUGGGAAACUGAAGCUUUUUUCACUGGCAAAGAUACUUAUUCAUGGUGCAUUGUGAAAAAAUGUCUAUUUCUUAGUUAUGGCAUAUACCUUCUGCACUCAAAAGUUAAGGGCUCAGUGUCUGAAAUAGGAAAGAGGCCAAAUAUAAAUAUCCAUGGCCUCUUCCAAGUUAAGUGGACUUCUCUAGGUCAAACUGCUUCCCUGAUCUGCUUCCCUCCAGGUGCAUCUAUAAAAACAUUACACACACACACACACACCCUUUUUCUUUUGGGUGUCUGCCUCUCAGUUCUUAAUGCUUUUUCAUUUACUAGUAGUGUUGAUGAUGGGGCUUGCUGCCAUCCACAGCGCUUCCAGAGAUGCUAUAAUUUAGAGAAGCAACUACAGCUGGUAUACUGGCUUUCAGGUUUGGGCUUCCAAAGAAUUGUGUUGAUUUUUUUCCUUGCUUGUGGUUUAUUAGUAACAGGAACACAAGAAAAAGGUAUUGCUAUAAUCAGGCAUACCGGUAUAAGAGAAGCCUAGCUUGUUACUUAUCUGAUGAGAUAAGCCCAGUAGUCUUUUGCUAGGAAGCCUGCAGCUUUUCAGCAGAAUAGGAAUUCCUCAAUAGUUAUCACUGGCAGCCUUCCAGUAUAUAGUCAUAAACAUGUUUCCAUGUGUCCUUGAGAAUGAAGAUGGCUUGGAUGGAAUUGUUGCACAGCCCAAAAAUUCUGAUUUACUUCAGAUGCCUUUGUAAUAUGCAAUAGGGGGGCUUAAUUUCUACUUAGAUAUAUAGUGAGUUCUUGAUAUAUGAAAUUUGAAUUGCUUAUUGGAAACUCAGGCUUAUAUCCAUUUACAGGUUUGUAGAUGGAUGUAGAGAGUAGACAUGCUUUAGCAUACAUGCAUUGUUGAUUUCUGGUACACCAAACAUAGCCUAAGAAGAAAAGGUACAGCCAGUUUCUAAAAUAAAAAAUUGAGCCCAAGAACUUCACUCCUUCAAUUAGUUUUAUAUAUGUUUCUUGUUCCCUAUGCAGUAAAUUACCUGACACACACACAAGGAAUUGUCCAGUGUAUUUAACUUUUAAAUAGAUAAAUAAUUGGGAGAUUUUUCUUGAAACCAGGUUCUGUUUUAGGCAAGCCAGACUGGAUAUCUGGUUGUCAGUUUGAUACUAUUAAGAUAUGUACACUUAAAAGGAAAUUUGGACUCUGUGUAACUGUGUGCAUGAAACAAUACUUUGCUAGGCUUGAAAUGGCUUGAGGAACACUGCAUUGACAUUCCGUUCUUACUCAAGUAGAGGGGGAACUUCAUGCAACUACAUUAUCGGAAUAUUGCAUGAGUUAAAAGUGGAAGUAGUUGAUGGAGUGAAGAAUGUUUUAGUAGAGAAAUUAUUACCAGUUUUGUUUAGAAAUUUAAUCAGAAGUGGCCUAUUGACACUGAUUUUAUUGUGCUAACUGAUCCAAUAUAGGAUCAGAAAUACUAGAGCAGAGAAAUGGAUUGAAAGAUAAGGAUGAGACAAAAAUCUAUUUUUAUUAAUUUGUUCUUUAAUGGACACUAUUUGAUUUCUUCCUCAUGUUGAUAUACUUCUGUAUAUUUUUCUGUACAAAACAUUUUAUGAAGAUCUCUGCCAGGAGAAGCUUGCAGUUAUAUAUGACUCUGUCUUGCACUUUAGUACCUUGAAAUUUGUGCUGGACUUCUUUGUGAAUGCUUUGUUUUGUUUUACAGAAACUGUUGUAACUAUAAAUUGUAUAGCUUUAGCAUAUGUUCUUGUGAAUACGUGCUUCUUUUAAGUUUGCUUGAACAGAUGAACUCUAGAAAAUAAUUUUCCUAUGGAAAGUGACAAUGGAAUGGUAGAAGGUAGAACUGCAGUCCAAACACUAGUUUUUGAAGAAUUUAAGUCAGCUGAAAGGAAGAUGUCUUGCUUUACUAAAAAAAAAAAAAGAGAGAGAGAGUAAGGAUUGAAAGGAAAAAACCAAUGUGUAUAGCAUGUUCUAAUGCAUCUUUUGAUCAUUUCUGAUUUGUUUACUGUUCUCCACUUUUAUCCCACAAAAAUACUUUUUCCCUUUGACUGAUUAAAGUCUUUAUUAAUUCAGAGAUUUAUAAAAAUAGAAAUGUUAAAAUCAUGUGAGGCUUCUACAACUAGUCUUCCAUCAAGGCUUUUACUACCAAACUGAUGUCAAAUUCUGGAAGGGUAAUUUGGACCAAGUUGUUGCUUGCCAAUUCAAAGAAGCUAUUUGUUGAUACUCAAUGCAACAGCUGCUGGUUUUUCUCUUUCUCGGAAGUUUUAAAGGAAGAGGUGUCAUUAUGGGUCAGAAGGUGUAAAUUGGGAUAGUUUCACAUUAUUUCACACUGACAAAAGAAGAUUGAUUUCUUGAAAGUGGGGAAGGAAUAUAUUCAAUUCCCACCUUUCUGAACUAUUCUAGCCUCCUUUAUUCUACAUUAGAUUGCAGGCAGCAUUAACAUAAUAAGAGCCCAAUUCUUCUGAGCUUUUAAUAUGAGUCCCAGAGAAAAUAUGAAAGCUAUGCUUUCCCCAAAGAGUUUAGGCAAUGAAUCAUGGCUUAGCAUGAUAAACAAGCUCCAUUUGUAUGUUAUGUGAGUGAAGCUGGAAACUGAAAUUAAUAAAACAUGAUCACCUUCAACUCAAACUUAUCAUGUGAUGAUGGCAUAAAUUUAUUAUAGAUUUAAUGACUUAAGGGAAUAAAUAUAGUAAUUUUGGUAAAUAUGCAGUUGCUAAGGAAUGGUCUUUGUUCAAAAGAGAAGAAGAUGCAGUUUAAUUCAUGUUACAUUGCUUAAAAUGCACCAUUUCCUCCAAUAAGAAAAGUUGAGUAUAAGUUGAGUUUAAGAUGAUCUUCAAGAAGAGCAUUGUCAUAUGUAUGUGUAUGAUUAAUGAAUAUACAUUUCAUACUAUAUCAUUAUAUUGUACAUUACAUUGGUAAUGUUUUUUUUGUUUUGUUUCUAAGACAUGUAGAAAAUUUGUAGCUUCUCAGUUUCUAGUUAACAUUUUGCUAUACUAUUCAGAAUUAGAUGCAUUGCUUCAGCAAAAUGUAGCAUUAUUAUGGCUGUAGGUUUUUUGAUCCUUUAGUUUCUCCCAUUUAAAAAAUAUGCCAAAGUGAUUAGUAUAGUACCAACAUUUUUAAAGUUGUUCAGUGGUCACAAAGUUAGUUCAAGUCCAGUUUGAGAUCUAAUCCUAUUACUGUACAUUUUUUCCUGUUUAAUAAUUCCUAUAUGCAUAGAUAGUUGAGCUGUUCAUAUUUUUGGUGUGCAUGUAUUUUAUGUGAGAAAGAAUAUGUAGAGAAAGGGCCUUUUUUAAUUUGCUGCAGCUAAGAUGUAUAUAUGCUACUUGUGCAUAUGCUGUAAUGCCUUGUGCCAAAGAGAAGGUAAGAUCAUUUGAUGUUUCAUGUUUGUAUUUUCAGCAUGAUUUGGAAAAGUAACCUCUUAAGAUAGAUAACAACAGAGAUAUGAAUAAAUGUUAAAAAAAGGGAGAAAGAGAGAUGAAGUUCUGUAUUAAGGAAAUAUAACAUAAAUGUACAAUUUGAUAUCCUCCAGUAAAAUAGUACCUUAAUAGAUGCUGUUCCUUACGAAAAAGAUUCUUUUCCUUAAACCACUGAAGGAUUAAAGAAAACAAUUGCAAUAGUUAUGAAGAUUACUAUAGGUUAUUGUAUAAUUAUGUUGAUGUUUCUUGAUGUGCAGAUUGAUGAUGAAAUAGAAGCAGCUGUAAUGACUAUACAAUCAUUUUUGUUUGAUGAGCUUGGGUUGUCAGUUGCACAAGACCGUAUGGCAUUCUUUAAGACAUGUUAGGAAAUAUGAACUUGUUAAAAAAUGUUGACAUGUACUAGGUUUUCCUUUCCAUUAAUAGGAAACUUUCUUGAAAGAGACAGCCCCCUAAUAUGAAAAAUCUAAUAUAAAAAGGCAAAUUCUCAUCACCUCCUGGAACUAAACAUUAAAUAUGUACAGUUUUAAAGCAGAUUUGAAGAAUCCUGAAAAGUUUAUAAUUUCAGACCCAUAUAGAUAUUGGGCUAUAGUCCUAGUCUAAAGUUUAACAAUGAGCAUAAUUUAUUGAAGGAAGAGAAAUUUUAAUAUAUCAAAAUUACAUAUUUUAAUUGGCCCAACUAAACUUCACAGACACCCUCAGUGGGAAGAGAUACGAAGUAUAUUUGCACUAAUGAUUUUAUUUGGCUGUAAUGUAGUGUGUCUGUACAUCUGACAACCAAUUUGCAGGUUUGUAUUAUGGCAAAACCAAUCUAAAAUACACAAAAGUUGAUACAAAGGAUGCAGUCCUAUGCAUCUUAGUGGGAGUAAAUACUAGUGAGCACAUUGAUGCUUCCUUCUGAAUGUAGGAUUGCACUGUAAAUGCUUAUUUCGAUAUAUUUAGGAAUGGCAUUAUUAAGACAAAAAGUUAGCCAUUGUAGACCCCAGGUUGCUGUUCUUUUAUAAAUUGUAAUUAGUCUUUCAGACCUAAUUGCACAGUAGGUUCCCCAUUUCAGAAAAAAAAGAAUGACUGUUCUUUGGAACAAUUCCAAAUUUCCCUUGAACUCAAAAAACUUUCCAGAUACCAGCAAUAAGUUGUUUCUGAUAGAUUCCUCCAGCUUUGUGUGCACUACUCAAACGCAGCCUUGUGACACUCUUCCAUUUAUGUCUGUAUAUAUGAUGUAUAUUUUAAUGCAUAUUUUUCAAAGUUCACCUUUCCCUAACAAAUUGCACUUUAAUAACUUAGAGAUGUGGGUCUGCAUCCAGCUAUUUUAUGGGAUAUAAACAGCAGCUUUUUCUUAAUGGCUGUUACAGUCUUUCAUUAGUAAACCUUUUUUUAAAAGUGUGGUCAGAAAUACCACAAAAUCGAAAAAAUUAAAAAAUCAAAAGAGGGCAUUAUUAUUGUCUACUGAACUUAGAAAACAUGUUAGUGCCAAGAACAUCCCAUUUGAGAGGGUUUGCGCUGUGUUCUUGUUGUUUGCACUGCUUGAUGUGUCAGAGUGACUGCCUGAAUUAAUUGCUUAUUCCUAUAGUCUUUUCUUUGGGAUAGAUACGGCAAUGUAUUUGAUGGAUGGGAGAAAAACAGGCCAGGUGUGUUGUUUUAUUUUUCUGUGUAUUAUUUUGGGAGGAGAGGUUAAUCCCCCAUUAAUGGCAUGGUACUCGAGUUGAUAUUUUCCUGACCCCAGUGCCCAAGUUACCUUUGCACACAAAAGCUUCCUUUGCACAGAAUGAGCUUCUUGGGAUUUUUGUACAGACUAAUUGAAUGUAUUGGAAAGGGAAGGGUUCAGGGAACAAAUUCCAAACAAAAAUUUAAAAAUGUAGAAAUUGCAGUUUUAAUGCCUUUUUGUGAGUGUUUGCUGCGCAACAGAGAUUGUAACACAAACAAGGAGGAGAGAACGAAUUUUAAUGGAUGCAAUGUGUGGCUUUAUUUUUGUACUGAUGAUGGUUAAAAGACUGUACAUCUAUUUAUUUAGAUGAUUUAUGUGGUAAAUGUUGCAAAUAAGGCUAUCUAAGAGCAUUAAAUGAGAACUGACAUUUAGCUAA